AUGGGGUUGGGUAAGGGCGCGACUGCGGGCAGUGGACGGGAGCGGCGGGCGAGCCGCCAGGCUGACAGCCUCUGCCUGACCCAGACCCCCAGGGGCCGGGCCAGCAGCCUGCCCACGACCUCCCGCGGCAAGCGCUUUCAGCUUUGGGCCCUAGGACUUUUCUGCACCGAGCGCCACCUGGCCAGGCGCCUCAAGAACAACAGCUUCUACCCGUUUACGCAGCUGCAGCCCGACGUCUUCGUGCUCGACUAUUACCUGGACACGCUGUGGAAGGGGACGCUACUCUUCGUCGUCUGCUUGCUCCUGGUCAGCUUCGGCUUCGUGAGAGAGGUGCGGAAGCAGGAGACUUGGGGCUUCUCGGCGUACGGCAUGGGCGUGGGCCUGUGGCUCAUGAUCUCGUCGCUGCCGCGGCGCCGCCUGGUGCUGAACCACGCGCGCGGCUUGUACCACUUCUCCAUCGAGGGCCGCACCGUGUGCCAGGGGCCCAUGCACCUGCUCUACGUGCGCCUGGCGCUCAGCUCCGACGCCUACGGAAGGUGUUUCUUCCAGCUGGUCCUUUGUGGUCACAAGCUAGAGCCGCUGGUGCUGGUGCAGCUGUCGGAGUGCUACGAGCAAACGGAAUACCUGGGCCGUCACAUCGCCCGGAAACUCAACAUUAACUACUUCGAUUAUCUGGCCACGUCCUACCGGCACGUGGUCCGCCACUGGCCUCUGGGGUCGACCUUCAGCCCAGGCAUCCUGUUGCGCAAGAACCGCAUCUACAGAAAGCCAACCCGCUCUCUGUCCGACCUGGAGGUGUGA